UUCUGACGAAGAUAGACGUGCGCUGUUGUCUAUGGUCGAAAGACAGCGUGGCUACAAUUGAUUAGAAUUUGUUGAGGAAAUUUAGUAUAACUUUCUGAGUGCGUGUUUGUUUAUGACGAUGGCCAAAGUCGCUGAGUUUUUACUUGUUUUUGUGUGUGCAAAGUUAUUUUAAAACAUUCUGAGAGAGAAAUAUUGUAUUUUAUUUUAUUCAGUUAAAGACUUAACUUUUUGAAAUAAGUUUUAUUUAUUCUGAAAUUAGAACUACGUCACUGCUUUUUUUAACCAUUUUUUUAAUUUUCUGAAAGCAUUUUUAAUGGAAAUGGUUAAGGAACAUGAUUACAUUGUUUCAUGAACUCAUUCUAAAUACGAAAGUUGGUAAAAAUUUCCAAGAAUUUUAAACAUACCACUAUUUUCAGUGAAAUUUCUAUUGUUUUUGUGCAUCAAUCAUGGCAACCGUAUCGUUAGAAGCAUUUCUUGUGCACCUAAUCCACAAGGCAGAACAAACCAGAGGCGAGUUGAACAGAAAGAAGACAAUGAUAGUGGAACUUCGCACCCUUGAAUUUUGGAGAGCUAUAAUAGCUGAAUGCUUGGCCACUUUUAUAUACGUGUUUUUAGUCUGUGGAUCCCACGUAAUGUGGCCUCUGUACUCUAUUAACACUUUAACCAAAUCGUUUGCAAAUGGCCUGGCGAUGGCUACUGCUGCCCAGUGCUUCGGACACAUAUCUGGAGCUCACGUUAACCCUGCAUUUACGUUUGCGAUGCUAGUCAUUCAAAAGGUGACACCUCUAAGAGCUUUCUUGUACAUCACAGCCCAGUGUGGAGGGGCUAUUGCCGGGGCUGCACUUCUUUAUGGGGUGACCGUACCUGGCAUUGGUUUCAGAGAGAACAUGGGCUGUACUUUAGUCAGCGAUUCGCUGUCCUCCUGGCAGGGCAUGGGUCUGGAACUGGUCCUCACUUUUGUGAUUGCUUUUACCAUGUGCUCCACUGCCGAUCCUAACCGAAAAUCUCUGGGCAGUGACUCUUUAGCAGUUGGCCUGGCAUAUCUUGUAUGCACUCUUAUAGCUCUACCAGCUACUGGGGCAUCUAUGAAUCCAGCUAGAUCUCUUGGACCUGCUUUCGUUUCGAAUACUUGGACUAACCAUUGGGUUUACUGGGCCGGACCUGUUCUAGGUGGAUUACUGGCUGGACUUAUCUACGAGUACAUCUUUGAUUCACCAAAGAAGGUUUUGCCUGCUAUCAAAGAUAGAGAGGAUUCUGAUAAAGAUAUGUCUGAAGUCAAAGAUGACAGUGACAGUAAGACCUCAUCCGUUAUAACACCCCGAACUCAAAUUCCUCAAACGCCUGUGCAACCACCUUCAGCUGGCGGACCAUACUACAGACCUUUGACUCCCCAUGAUGGCGGCUCCACUAUGAGACCCCAUUCCCGUGGCACUUACACUUCAGCCAAAUAUAUUGCUAGUCCAGGUGCCAUGGUGAGCCAUCAACAGGUGCAACCAGCGACUACUUAUUACAGCACUCUACCUAGAGGCAGUGGCGGAGGUACCUACAGGUCAUGGAAUGAUUAUGGGUCAUCAACGCAGUUCAAAUUCUGAGAAUCUAUGGCGGUUGUGAGAUUAUUAGAUGUACAGUAUGUCGAAAUAUGAUGAAUAUACUUAUAAAGAGAAUUGUACAGAUGUAUAAUGGUAAUCCAAAAUCCAAGAUGUAUGAUAUAAUUCAAAAAUUAUCCGCAUUUCAUUAUUUAAACUGAAGGUAAAUUAAGCUAGAUAUAUGGUUUUCAAAUUUAAGACAUCCAAUGCAGUGCAUUGGGGUUAUUUAUAUAUUUUCUGGGACAAGAGACCUUUUACCGUUGGUCUGCUGGCUAUUAAUUAAAUAUCACUACAGUUUUAUUUAUCUCAAAAUAUCACGACUUCGUAAUGUAUCUUAUAGGACUAAUGUUCUAGCCAUUUAAUAAAUGGAGAAAUGACGUUUACAUGAACUUGGUUCUUAUAACACUUAGCAGUUCGAAGAAACGGAUGACAGCUCAUUUUUUUUUUCUUAACAUAUUUUGCAAGCAGAUGUGAUCUAAUUUCUUCUUCAACAUUAACCAAAAAAUGAUGUAAAACGAUAAUUUUCAUCCAAUUAAUCACAAUAUUACCAAUUCAAAGCAUGUAUGUUCAGAGGUUGUAUAUUUCUCAUAAGAGUUUUAAUUAUGACUAAAACGCGGAUAGUUUUUGACUUGUCUGCAUACUUUGUGCCACUGAAUCUAAAGAGAAACAGGACUUAUAAGAAGAGAUGGAAUUUAUGCUGUUAUCGAUUAAUGCAUUUAUAAAUAAUUAUCUAGAUCAUGCGAGUAAGUAUUUAUAUAAAUAUAUAACAUUCCUGUUCUUUUUUAUUUGUAAAAUUACUUAUAGUAAUUCAUUUUUCGAAUAGUGUAGUUUUAUACUUUAAUGCCUUUAUGCAUUGCUAGCAAAUUUAAAGUAUGUUCGUGAGAAUUGUUUUAUAUCAUAUACCUGUUUUUAUUUUCUUUAGUUAUUGUAGUAAAAAUGCAGUGAAAUGUUUUGAAAUGCAUGCUCUUGAAUUUUGCAAAAAUGAUUAAAUUCUACAAUACUAUUGGUAAGAUUAAUGUUUAGAGAAAUGACAUGAUUUUUAUUUCUAGAAUUUUUAAUGUCAAAUGCAAUUUCAUGAAUUUUUUGAAUUUAGCUUGAGUUUUUGGCAAUAAAAAUACUCAUUUUUUAAAAAGAAUUUUGUAAUACUUCCUUCGUCCAACUUUUAAUUACCAAGUUCUUUAUUAAAUACAUUUUUUAUUUAAAUUAACAAGUUUCAAUUUUGCAAGAAUGGAAUUAUGCAAUCUACUUUUUCUCCAUACUUGCAAAUUCAUAGGAGAUUUGAAAUUUGAGUAUUAUUGUGUUCCUUAUAAUAGUAAGCUAUUUUAUUAAUAUUUCCAUUAUUUUUAAUUAAAUUUAUUUUCUUGACCAGAACUAAAUGGCCAAUUUUUUUUAAUUAAAGAAUUUAUCAUUAAUAUAUUUGAAAAUAUACGGAAAAGCACUAAACUAAAUGAAUCUCUCUUGUAUUAAGUCUAAUGCACUGGCAUUACGUUGUGUCUUUGACAUCUCUUUAAGGAACAGAUUUAACUGUUAUUUCCUAAACUAUUUUUUGCCGUUUGGAAUGUAAUUCUUUAUAUCUGUUCGAAUUUGUUUUUUCUGCCGCCUUAUCAGAACUUUUUAUAAAUAACCAAAACCCAAUGUUUUAAUUGAAGGUUAGACAUGUAGCUUUAAAAUAACUAUAGUUAAUUAUACUUUAAAAUAAUUAUAAUUAAUUGUACUGUAAUUAUACUUGUUUGGGAAAGGAUAAAGCAAAGUCAAAUAUGAUAUACUGAUUUGUCUUUUUUGAUUAAAAGAUAUAAUAGUUACUUAUGCAUUCGUUAAAACAGGCAUCAUUAACUAUCUAAUGUUAGCUUAUAUUAUGCAAUUUGUUUUCUUUGGUUGUCCUAUCAUUUAUUUUUUUCUCAAAUAAAGUUAGACGAAGGGAGUAUAUUUUUAACUACGAAUCUGAAAUUAAAACAUUGACAUUAUUUUGAUUACAUUCGUGAAUUUAAUUUUCUUUUAAAAUCAAUUUAUUAUUGUUGUUUUUGUUUUAUGAAUACUUUCACUGAAAAGCAAACGAUAUUUAACUGUUAUAUUAAUAAUGCUUUUCUUUAUAGAAGAUCAAGAUUUUUUUACAGUUAAUUGUAAAAUUAUCGUUUGCUUCAAAUGACGCUUAUUCUAAAAAGAUGAGCUAUUUUCAUAUCAUUGAAUACAAACAAUGGACCAAUUGUAAAUAUAUUCAUCAAAAUAUUGCUAAGUUCUACAUUUUAAAACGAUUUAAAUUUAUUCACUCUUUUCUCACAGUGGUCUAAAGUAAAUAUUUUACAGUUAUAAAUAUUUAUGAAUAAAUCAAUUUAUUUUAGGCAGAUGAAAAUACAUUUACACCAUUUUGUGCUUAAAUUUUCCAAUAAAAUUUCUUUUGUUUCUAAAUUUUGGAUAUGCUUGAAAAUUUAUUUCUGAAUGUUACAAUUUCGAAUCAUUUGAAUUAUUUCGUUUUAUUUAUUUCAAUUAUUGUGAAGUCAGAAUUUAUAACAUUUUUAUACAAGGAGCAUUUAAAGGUAUAUUCAAAAUAGUUAUGACAUUUUAAAAGAAAUUAAAUUUCUUGAGCGUAAUUUUUCUCAGUUUAUAGAUGAAAAAUGUUGGUCAACGUAAAUGAUAUAAGUUAACUGUAGUUUCUGCAGAAGUUGUAGAAUGUAAUUUGAUGAAAUGAUUUCUUAUAGUUGUUGUCAAGCAUGUAUAGAAAUUCCUUUUUUAUAUUAAAAGGAUAUACAUUAUAGAAUUUGAUACUUUUAUUUUAUUGCCAUUAUACGAGAACUGUGUUUAUUUCUAUUGUGGGGAGUGCAAUAUAUUUAAUUUUCAGUUUACUUAAUUGUGACAGAGAACUGAAAAUAAUUUAUUUCUUAUAUAAUGUAAAGGAGUUUUAGAAAGAGUAAAUAAUCAGUGUGUUUAAACAUUCUCCCUAUUCUAAUGUAACUAAGCAAAAUUUUAGAAUAUUACUUUGAGCAUUUUGUGAGUAUUUUUAGGUUUCAUGUUCAAAGGAAAAAAUGCGAUUCUGGUUAGAACUAUCUGUAAUAAUGUCGCUUAGAAUUCGAGAAUUUCUAUUGACUAGACAUUAUAUAGGAAAUGUCUUUUUUAUUUGAAAAAAAAUGUCCACAAUUUGCCAAUUAAAUAAUGAGAAUGUGAUUUAUCCGCAAAAUUUGCCAACUAAAUAAUGACAGUGGUGUGUUGUUUUUCCUAUGAUUUAUUCGCAAAAUUUGCCUACUAAAUAAUGAGAAUGUGAUUUUUUUUCUUUCUGUAUUUUUAUUUAAAUGCUGGUUAGUCUGGUAUCCCAGAUAAAAAAUAUAUAAAAUUCAUAUCCAUAUUUUAUUUCUCUAUAUAUCUAACCUGGUUGAAAAAUCAUUUACCUCCGAAAUAAAAAAGUUGCAAAUAAGAAAAAAAAAAAAUUAAAAAGAUAUAUUUUCCUAUGCUAUCUUAUUGUUUAAUUGGCAUGUUUGCUUGUUGAAAUGUAAACAAAUCACGCAAUUUAUAUUUUUGGCACUUCUGUUAUUACAUUCUGCAUAAAAAAUAAUUCAAUACGGAAUACUUUUAUUAUUUAUAGGUAAAUAUUGAUUUUUUGAAGAAAAUUAUAAUCAAUAAAAAAAAAUUCUGAAUUUUUAAUGUUUUACUCAUAUUUCUCAGCUGUACAUUAUUUAAUUCUCUUGUUUGUAUUUUAAAACAAUGUAUACUAUUUUUUUUUACUUUUUCUGUAGUUAGGUUUAAAAAUGAUCAUAAUUUCUUCAUUUGAAUUUUAUAUUUUUGAAUGUAUUGUCUUUUUACGUACCUGUAAGUUCUCUGUUUACAAGCAUUUGUAUUGGGAAUUGAAUCUUAGUGCAAUAUUUACCGUUGCAAAAGUGUUGUCAGGAUUUUUUUCGAUCAUAAGAACAACUUAAAUUCGAAUUAUAAUGUAACUUUUUGUACAUGUUUAAUAAUGAGUUUAAAUAAAG